GGUUCUCUUCUCGAAUCUUAGGGUUUUGCGAAAAUUUUGAGUUUUUAUAACAGAAUCAAAAUUAAAAGCUAUGGAUAAGUCGAGUGGUUUGGUUUUCAUCAACCAGAUAUUCCCAGCAGAAGCUUCUAUAUUUGGGGUUGAGCCUUUUAUGCUAAAGAUUCAUAAUGAGAUUCGGCGAGUUGAUGCUAACAUUUUAGCUGCUAUUCGUCAACAGGGUAACUCUGGAACUAGAGCUAAAGAAAAUCUUAUUGAUGCUACAUGUGCUGCUGAGGAACUCUCUCAUAAGAUACAAGAGAUCAAAUCUAAAGCUGAGCUGACUAAAGCAAUGCUUCACAACAUAUGCCGCGACAUUAAAAGGUUAGAUUUUGCAAAGAAGAACAUAACCACAGCGGUCACUGCCCUUAGUCGUCUCACAAUGUUAGUCUUUGCGGUUGAACAGCUUCAGGUGAUGACAUCAAAAAGGCAAUACAAGGAGGCAGCUACACAGGUGGAGGAACUGAAAAGGACGCUAGAGUUUGAAAUGGAACUUGGAAUGAAAUUUGGUGGUGGUGGGAGUUUCGGAGAUGACACUAAGGAAAUUGGUGGAGGGGGAAAUAAUAGUCAGAAAGUGGAGGAAACAUGGGAUAUUGAGGAGGAAAGUCAAACUAAUAUUCUAUCUAGCAGCAUACAGCUGGCAUUAACUCUUGGACCAAGGUUCUAUGCUAAUAUUUUCAGAUGCAAGCAUAUAUCAGAAACUGGAGCUCAACAGAUGUUGCUAGAUGCGCACGAUAUGAAGAUGAUUCUUUUAAAAGUUCCAUCUCUUGCCAGACAGACUGCAACUGCUGGCUAUGCCGAAUUUGUGAACCAUCAAAUGAAAAGAGCUGAAGAAGUCCUAAAGGUCAUAGCAUCCCCAAUCGUCUCAAUGGUAGACACUUAUCAUGCACUGUUUCCAGAAGGAAUACCAAUGGAGUUUCAACGCAUCUUAGAACUUAAGCUGAGCAGCAGAGUAUACUUGAUGAUUUCAAAAAUCAUAGCCCAAGAAACACACAACUCUCGGGUUGCAGCGACAAUGCCAGAAGAACCUGCACCGCCACUUGCAGUCGCUAAUCCGGGUGCAGCUGUUGGGUUCAUAGCAAACAGUGAGGAAGUGUUAACCAGAGCCGCUGAAGCUGCAACCACUAGCUUCAUGAAGUUAUAUUCUGUUACUGAAACGGCCAAAGACCGUCCCUUCAGGAAACUCUUCAAUGCAUGAAUUUGUAAAUUUUACAGAGCAUCCUAUAUUUUUUUUGAAAAUUGAAGAAUAUGUGAAUACUUGUGAUUAUUGAAAAACAAUUAUAUUUAUACCAUUAGUAUUAAUAUCUUAUUUCUCUAUACGGUCUAUGGUAAGUUAUGAGUGGAACAAGUUUCUUUCGAUUUGAUAUUAGUUGAAGAUUUUGAUGUCAUCGUUACAAGUGUUACAUUAGAUAGAGCAACAAAUAUAAACCAAGGAGGGGUCUACAUGUUUGAGAAUAUAGUUAAGACAAUGUU